UACUGAAUAGCAUUAAAAGAUAUUUUAACCUCGGUCGAUAACUCAGUCAGGUGUAGCGCUACACAUUAAAAACACAGGUUGAUCAUAUAUGACUCCUUGGAAAAAACAACAGAUAGUUGUCGGUUCCUCAUAUGGAUUUCAUGUUCUAUGAACGAUGCAUGUAGUAUCUGGAACUACCUUAACUACAAAAUAAUCAAUUUAACAAACAGCAGCACAAGAGACAGAUGUAACAGGAUUGCCUCUAAACUAUGUGAUCAUAAACAGACUAUGUGUCCCCCGGGAUCUGAUCAUCAACAGACACGUUCCGAAAUUAAUUUCUCGUAUCUGAUACCCUGUUACAUUACAAAAGUUAAUCACAUGGAGAAACCUACAAAGACAUUUCUGGUUUAUUUGGAUAGGUGAUGUUAACAGCAUUCAAUUUGACUUGACUAGACAUAUGAAUAGUCUAGUCAACUCACAGAAAUUUUGGUUCAGAGAGAGGACACAAUUGUUAUAGAAAAUGAGUGAAAACGUAUUUAAGUGAAGUUAUAUAUACAUAUUUGUUUUAAAAUUUAAUUUUAAACUUUAACAAUAGAAAUACUUCUUACACUAGUACUGUUCUCAGUCACACAAUGACGGAAAUGGACAUGAACAGAUCCAAAUCUUCUGUUGGAUAUUAUUUGCUUGCUUUUAUUACCCUAGUUUUAAUGGCAUCGUUAUCUCUAUAUACUAUAAACAGUGGUAAGUUCAACAGAUUCAGGAGAAACAAAAUUGUUGAACGCAAUAUUGUGAAAUCUUAUACUGUAGGAAAUACUGAUAAGAAAAGAACAAUUGAUGCAGACCAUCAAAAUGCCACAAAUGGUGUGAAUCAAUCCAUACUAAAAGGGUCAAAGUUGAAAUGCUUUGGACAUGAAUUUGAAAUUAUUCUUAAUCAGGACAAACUCUGUGAGAAAUCGCAUGAUAUAGACAUUAUCAUUCUAAUAUCAAGUUCCCAAAAACAGUUUAAUGAGAGACAAGCCAUAAGAAAAUCAUGGGGAUACGAAUGUAACCGAAACGACACGGCAAUAAAGUGCUUAUUUGUGAUAGGAAAUCAUCGGCUAACUUCGGAGGGAACUCGUGUUUCUACGAGGGAGUCCGGUUUGCAAGAAGAAAGUACAUUAUAUAGAGAUAUUGUGCAAAUUGACUUUAUCGACUCAUAUGGAAAUUUAACAUAUAAAACUGUGUUCAGUAUUUCAUGGGCCGUGAGAUAUUGCGCGUCAGCUAAGUACGUUAUGAAGACAGACACUGACAUGUAUGUAAAUACAUAUCUACUCCCUUUUCUCACAAAAAAAGCGCCAACUAAAUUCAUAGGUGGAUAUUGCUGGGGUCCUUCCACCCCACACAGAGAUAGAAAUUCUAAAUGGUAUGUGUCGUUUAAAGGAUAUAAAGAAGACAAAUUUCCUCCAAUGUGUUCAGGAACUGGAUAUAUUAUAAGUAUGGACUUAGUCCUGACUAUUUUACAGACGUCUGAGUAUAUUCCGUUCUUUCAUCUAGAGGACGUGUACAUUGCAAUGUGCUUGAAAAAAAUGCGUGUUACACCAAACUAUUUAUAUGGUUUUAACAAUAUGAAACCAGACUUCAAUCCAUGUUCUUAUAAGAAUGAUAUCAUUACAUCACAUGGUGUCAAACCAAAAGAACUGGAGACUUAUUGGAAUCAGAUUAAAUCGUGCAAUGUUUCAGUUAUACCAGAAAAUGUAUACAAACCACGCCCAUUGCUGAGAGUUCAUUGAUAAUCAAACUCUACUGAGCAUGUGUAGAGUAGUUAAUUGCAUGGUCAUGUUUACAACUUAUUCAAAAAUUGAUUCAGACUAUUUCGACAUGAAAUUACUAUUUAUUAGAGGAGGGAAACCUAUAUAUUUUAACCAACCAUUACUAUAACAAUAAGAACCAUUUUUUGGGUGUAAAUUCGAAUGAUAUGAUUGUCAUCAAGGCCAAGACAAACAUACACCGAGUAAACUUAGGGUUGAGCGCUCACAAACAUGUUUAACCCCGCCACAUUCUGUAUGUGCCUUUUCCAAGUCAGGAGCCUGUAGUUCAGUGGUUGUCGUUGGUUCAUGUCCGUCAUAUUUGUUUUUCGUAAAUUGUUUUGUUAUAAAUUAGGCCGUUAGUUUUCUCAAUUGAAUUGUUUCAUAUUUUUCAUGUCGGGGCCUUUUAUAGCCGAACAUACGGUAUGGGGGUUUUCUCAUUGUUGAAGGACGUAUACGGUUGCCUAUAAUUGCUUACACCCACUUCAUUUGAACUUUGGUGGAUGGUUGUCUCAUUGGCAAUUAUACUGCAUCUCCUUAUUUUUAUAUACGUACAGAUCUCAAUUAGACCACACAUGCACCGAGUAAACAUAAAAUAAAUGCAACAUACCCAUCAUGAUCAUGAUUAUAUUACUAUACUUUUUAUUAUAAUUUAUCAUUUUUAUUAAAUUUCUAAGUGCAUGUUAAAUCCUUUAACAAUAUUUUUAGCAUUGUCAUACCCAUGUCAUUUAUUUAUUUUUUUAUUGCAUGAUUAAAUCCUUUACCAAAAAUUUAAGCAUUGUCAUACUGUCAUAGAGUCAUUUUAUACCUCAUUUAAUAUUUUUGUGAAAAUUAAGUUUUCAGCAAAAAAGAAUAUUUUAAUAUUCCCGAUAAAUUGAGAAUAAGAAGUACUUUUUUAGCAGAUAUUUAUGUUGGCAUUUGUCACUUUAGAUUUUCUCUUUGUUAAACAUUAUUUUUAUCAAUAUAAGAUGUUUAGCGCUAAGCUAAAUGGACACAAUUAGACAUGCUUUUUUUACUAAGUCUAUAAACAAGUUGUUGUGUAAACACCAUACAUGUAGGUCUAGGUAACCUGGUCAAAUAGGGUUCUUUGUUCUGUCCAGGCAAAGAUCUUUCCACGUCCCUUUUUACCCCAAAAUAUCAGGGUAACUAAGGCGGCUUUGGUGUUUAACUAAUCUGAUUGGUCGAACCUGAAACAGUAACGCGAAAUUGUGAAUUUCGGUCUCAAAAGUGUCACUUUCAUGUGCGCUUUUGGAGAAAGAAGAUCGUAAGAACCAUUUCACUGUUUUUGUUAUAACUGUUUCAGGUGAGUCAAGUAUUUUAUUUAUGCAAAGUUGAUAUACUUCGUUUUAUCUUUUUUUUUUCUUUUAGUGUGUCUUUCAUUAGUUAUUCACAUGAAUCGUGAAACUUUAUAAAGUUUCAUUUCCCUUUUUAUUCAGUAAAGUUAAAGUAAAAUAUAUAUGAGUUCUGCAGGUAAAGAAUUUCAGAUCAAAUGUUGUUUCUCAAUAAGUGUAAAUAGAUGUAAGUAUGUGUUUUAAAACACGAAUGUACGCAAGGGUAUUUUUAAACGCGUUAUAAAAAUUUGUUUUACGCUUGCAUGUUUGAAAUGAUAAUUUAACUUAUCGCUUGUUCAUACUUAAUAAGAAUUAAGGUCAGUUCCGCAAGGGUAAGAUGUUGAUUAUUUAAGAAACGCUGUAUGCGUAAUUUCCAAAUGUGUAGGUUAAAUUAAUAAGUAAUUAUUUAUCGUAACCUAGUCUUGUCGUUUAGCCCUAUAUCAUCAUAACGAGUCAUGAAUUUUUGAUAAAAGCGAUCAUGUAUGUUUUUAAAGCUAGUUUCCCCAUUUUACAUGAUACUAUUUCAUAUUCACAAUAUUUGGAUAAUCGCGUUUAGUUUCGUAGAGUUAGGUUUUUCUCCAUUUCGGUUAUUCCUAUAAUUCACCUACAAAAGUAUUUCUCCUUUUAAACAGAAUUACAGAAACUAUUUGUCAACCAAUGCUCAUUGUCUGAUUUGAUUAUUUUUGGGUUAAUAGGUUUUAUAUAGUUUAAAUUUUCACAAGCACAAUAUUUGCUCUACCAUGUUUAUCAUUCAAAAGAUAAAAGAUUUCAACAUGCUGAUGCUGUUUAGCAUAUGCGCUAUGCUCAUAUAGGUUCAAAUACUAGGUCACGCUUUAUGCUCAUACAUUUAAAAUUUAGCUCGCAUUUUCCUCACAUAUUUGGAUGCUGUUAUUUAUUAGAAAAAUCAUAAGCAUACAUGUUCAUUGUUAAGAUAUUUAUGCUGUUCAGCACAGUCAUGCUUUAUGCUCUCUUAGGUUCAAAUACUAGGUCACGCAUUAUGCUCAUACGUUUAAAAUUUAGUACUCAUCUUGCUCAUAUAUUUGAAUGCUAAAUAAGCUUUUAUUUAUUAGAAAUAUUAUAAGCAUACUUGUUCGUCAGUUUAAAUGCAUAUGCUCAUGCAUUUACGUAAAGUUUGUUUAGUUAAAUACUCAAAAUAUCAAUUGAUCAUUUAUGUUGGAAAAUUAAAUGAAUUUUAUGUUUCUAUUAUUUGCAUUAUAUACUAUUAUAUUGUUAUUAAUUGAAUAUGACUUUCAUUUGCGCUUUGAAGAAAGAAGAUCGUAAAACCCAUUUCACUGUGUUUGUUAUAAAUGUUUAAGGCCCUUGCUCAUCCCCCUCUGUCCGCAAGCUGUGCUUUUGGUUAAGUCCAAACAUAGCAGUCAAACGACAGUUCAUCUAACCCAGAAAGUCAACUCUGACAAUACUCAUAUUAAAUAUUUCCGUCAUGUGUGCAUGUAAAGGGAUAUUUUUUUAGCCUAACCUUGGCAGGAAGUUCAGCUUAUAUUUGUUUCUUCAAGCAGAAGUUCCUUUGUAAACGUUGUUAUAAAUAAUGCUUCAAUAUAUAAUUCUAUUAUAUAUGUAAUAUUCUAUACCCUUUAUUCCGUUAGAAGAAAAUCCACUAACUAUAUUAUCUUCCAGUGUAAAGUAAUAUUGAAAAAUAUUUCUUCCAUUUGGAACAAAUAUUAUAAAGAAACUUUUUUUUCCAUAAAAGGAGUAUCACAAACCCCGACCUCUUUUUGUCGACAUUAAUGUGACUAAUCACCGAACGUUAGCUUAUGAUGAGCAGCAUGGCGAGUGCCACAAAAAGUGGAAGAACUGCUUUCCCUUUCAGGGUACUUCAGGUCAAUCCUAGUUUGUUUAUGAUGAGCAGCAUGGCGAGUGCCGCAAAUAGAGCAAAAACUGCUUUCCCUUUCAGGUACUUCAGGUCAAUCCUAGUUUGUUUAUGAUUAGCAUCAUGGCGAGUGCCACAAGUAGAGCAGGAACUGUUUCCCUUUCAGGUACUACAGGUCGAUCCUAUUUUUGUUUUACUGGAUUUCAUCGUCUCAAUCUUUUGUUUUCUGUCAAGUGUUUUGUGGGCUUGUUUUUUGUAUCGAUAUUUUUCUUGGUGAUCCUGGUUUUGUCUGUUUUUAUUCGACGUUUAAUUUGGAUAAACACCAUGGCAUCUUCUUCAUUCUUUUUGCAGGUAAAUAUAAACUGGUUGUUUGUGUCGAAACUGUGGAGUCCAUAAUAAUGCGUUUUUCUCAAGUUUUACAAUGUUUCCAUUACUUGUCCAGGAGAUGAUAUUUUUUCUCUGUCUUUCACUUGUAACAGAUUUAUUUCUCUUUAAUUUAUCUUUAUCUGAAGAAAAUUUGACAUAAUUUUUUAAUGAUUUUAUAACAAAAUGUAAUUUAUUGUUUCAAAGUAUAUGGUCAGUUGGAUUUCAGUGGACGUCAUGCAUUUAAUGUGACUAGUCAGUUGAAUUUCAGAGGACGUCGUGCAUUUAAUGUGACUUUUAUAGUAUAUUAAUAUAGCAACUAUUUAUGGAAACCGUUUAUUUAAUAUUUGUAUUGGAACAUUAAGCAUGGUUGUUUUGGUUGUUAGUCAACUGUACUGCAUUUAAUGCAGAAAAAUCAUGUACAAUUUAUGUUUUGUUGGUUUUUGUGAACUAUUAUAUAAGUUUAUAACUUUUGUUAAACAUGGAGAACAAUGAGCAAUGUUAUAGAACCGUAAAGAUGAAUAUGUAGCAUAAUGAUUUCUUCUUCUAUUUAACCAUUAUUACAAAUCGUUGAUCAAUGAAACACCCCUGUUUAGUCAUUAUUACAAUUCGCUGAUCAAUAAAACACCCCUGUUUAAGCAAUAUUAGAAAUCACUUAUCAAUAAAACAACCCUGUUCAAGCAUUAUUACAAAUCGCUGAUCAAUAAAACACCCCUGUUUUAGCAUUAUUACUAAUUGUUGAUCAAUAAAACACCCCUGUUUAAGCAUUAUAACAAAUCGCUGAUCAAUAAAACAUCCCCGUUUAAGCAUUAUUACAAAUCGCUGGUCAAUAAGACACCCCUGUUUAAGCAUUAUUACAAAUAUUUGGUUCAUACAAUACUUCAGUAUCAGCAAUAUUGCAAUUCAGCAUUAUUCAAAAUUUAUGUUAAACCGUUCGUCCUGAAUAUGCAUGAAAUAAUUGCCACUGGACGUUAAGCAAGCAACAAUCAAUCAAUCAAUGUUUAAGCAUUAGUAAAUAUCCAAUUUACACAACAUUCCUGUUUAAGCAACUAUUAUAUUGUAAAUCUUUGAUCUAUAUGAUAUUUCUGUUUGAUGUAGCUGGGGUGUCUUUCUCCAUCUUGAAUUUUGAAAUAGCAGCUAACGAUCGAUCUAUAUCUUUUUAAAUAAAAUGUGCAAAUUUCGAGAGUAGUAUGUAAUUCAUGUGUAAGACUUUUCGUGUUGAUAUAGAAACUUAUGUGUUUUAUCAUAUUUAUGGAUGUAUUUCACAAAAAACAGAAUAUUUUUGUUUGAUUUAUUUAUUUUUUUGAACUUUGCCACAUAAGGGGCGAUAACUCAGAUAAAGUUACUUUUAUAAUAGAAUGAGGUGUGAAUUUACCUAUUUUAUCAUGAUGCAAGAAAACGAGUCCGGUGACCCCAUUUUUUUUUUUUUUCUUUUUCUAACCUGAAAGUAUAUUAUUAGAGCUAUCUUCUCAUAUUUUGUCUUAAAAUUCUAUUAUUGUAUAGUUUUCUUUUUAUCACACAAAAUUGGGUUUUCCAUGCAUAAACUAUACAAAAUCUGACAAUUUUGCACAACCUGUAGCGUGAACAAAAUCCCAGUGACCCAUACUUUUUAAGAGUUUUGAAAAAGCAUGGUAUAAAAUACAUUUUGACAAGUUAUUAAAGAAUUCUAUGGAUUUUAAUUUAGACCCCCCAUCUACCUUAAACAUUAUUACAUUUCAGAUUUUUACACAUUGUUGAUUUUUGUUCCUGCUAAUUGUUUUAAUACAAAUUGUCAAUCUAUCCAACAUUUCAGUAUCAAUAUCAUAACAAAUCAUUGAUUUACACACUAAUUCUCUGUCAACAAAUAUAACACGUCGCCAUAUUAACAAAUUGUUGAUUGACACAACAGAACUGUUUCAGCAUUAUAACGAAUCUUUGAUUUAUAAGAUACCUCUGUUUAAGCAUUAUUGCAAUUCAGCAUUAUUACAAAUAUUUAUUUAUAUAAUAAUUGUGUUGAAAUCAUUAUGGCAACUCGACGAUUUACAGAAUUCUCCCGUGUCAGCAUUAUAACAAAUCGUUGAUUUUCAUUACUUCUAUUUCAGCAUUAUUACAAUUCAGCAUUAUUACAAAAGGUUGAUAUGCACAAUACAUUUAUUUAAUUUUAUUACAAAAUAUCGAUUCAUGCUUGAGGUUUAUAUUCCAUUUAUUCAAGAUUUCUGUUUCGGCAUCAUUAUAAAUUGUUAUUUAUUUGUUUAUAUGUCUAGAAAUAAAUGUUGAAAACAA